AUCACCACCACCACUAGACUAGUCACCCAGCCAGCUAGGCAGCCAGACCACAGCCUCCAACCCCUUCACUACCCAGGCCAUUCUCCCUUCACCGCCACCAGACUGACCGUCCUGCAUUCACUUCCUCACGCAUCCAAAUGCCACCUUUUGCAGGGAAAGCAAGUGCAGUGAUCUUUAACACGUAAUGGUAACUUCGCUGUGUUACUGUCUUAUGUUGAAAAAUUUGACAUGGGGCAUUUGCUUGUGAAAUACUGCAUUGAAUCGUUCACACCAUGUGUCAUAUGGAAAUAUCCGUGGUGAAUGAAUGAAGGAUUAAUAUAAUCAUAUCUCGCCUCAGUCUCCUCUACUGUAGUGGUGGAAGAGGCGUGAUAGCUACUGGUUCACGCACUUUGCUUGGGCCUGAGACACAUCGUCCAGCAAACGUCACGCACGCCACGGCCGCGAUGAUGGCGACCACUCUGGGAGGGCCCCUUACCCCAACUGCCGCCCCAGACAUCCCUUUCGCUGACGCCGAUGCCCCGGACACCAUCGACGCCCCAGACGCCCCUCCAGCGCCGCCCCCGCUGUAUUCCACGCCUCGGCCGGGCGAGCCUCGAGUGGUGCUGGGCGGUGGGUUUCCUCUGUACCAGAACACAGGGCCCCGUCCCGGCCUGAGCCGCACUGCCUCCCUCCCGCCCAGUAGCACACGCCCACCGCACGCCCCAUCCUUGGCACGCCAGGGCAGCUGUAGCGGCCUGGCUGUCGUGGAAGGCGCGGGCGGGGCGGUGAAGGUGGCUACGGACCGCCCCCACCUGGUGUCCAUGGGUGGCGGGCGUCUGUCCACUGCCGUGACGUUGCACCCCAUCAACGAUGGGCGCACCAUGCUGGGCGCGGGCGGCAUGGGGGUGGUGCCGGACAUCGUGGUGGUGGGCACGGGCGUGGAGGCGGAGCACUGCACCCUUCUGAGCCAAGACGGCGUGGUGACCCUCACGCCCGCCGCUGGUGUGGUCACCAUCGACGGGGUCAGGAUCACCGCUCCCACCAGGCUGACCCAAGGUUGCAUGCUAUGUCUGGGCCGGAGUAACUAUUUCCGCUUCAACCACCCGGCGGAGGCGCAGCAGAUGCGAGCCAUUCUGCCCAACGCGAGGAUCAGCAUGGUGCCCAUCAACUUUUAUCCGGGGGUGGACAACCCUGAGUACUUCCACAUGUCCGGGGAUGGCGUCCCCUCCCCACCAAGCAGCCUCGGGGGAUCGGCGCCCACGACUCCCGGAGAAACGAAACCACCCGUACCACCUCGCAGGACGCCGCCCUCCACGCUGCUCCUGCCCUCCACGCCUCCCACCAUUGAGGAUAAGGUGCCGCGCUCUGAUCCUCUGACCGGCUCUCCAAGGGACCAUCCCCCGCCUUACGACGAGACCAUGUCGCGGCCAGUCAGGGACAGUGUCAAAACCCACCACCAUCUCUCCCACCACCACUACCACAACCACAACAGCACCAGCAAUCACCACCACUACCACCACCACCCCAUGAAUGACGAUGAUAACUACAUCAACAGCAGCAUCAUCGGCACUAACAGCGUCGCCAGCAGUAGUAACAGGAGCAGCCGCAGACAGGAGUGUGAGGACAGUGACAGCGAUUCUGACCCCCCGCCCGAGGUGCCGCCCCGAUCUGAGGCAUCCCAGGGCCUAAACACCACCACCACCACCACCACCUCAAUCAACGGCGUGGCGGGAAACAGGACAACAAAGCCACUCCUGGGCGGGGAAUACAUCUACACAAAGAGUGAACUACCGCCGCCGCUGGCCCCCCGCGCCCCCAGCAACUCUGCGCGGUGGAGUCCCGUGGGCGGCCCCGGCAUGGUGUGUUCGGGGGGCAUGACCUCCGUCCACAACAUCAUGUACCGCUCCCUUCCCCCACCGCCACCCUCCCCGGGUCCCACCACCCCAACCCACACCCACACUCACCACCACCACCCUCACCACCACGCCCGUGUGUCCUCCCCCACCCACACCGCCCACCACGCACCCCUGCCAGCGCCACCGUGCGUCCCCUUGCCUCCAACGCCCACCAGUCCGCCCCCUCUGACACCCACCACUCCGACACCUGUCACCCCCACUACGCAAGCCCCGCCCAUACCCACCGGUCCUGCCCCAUAUGCGCACACUAGUUCGUCCGCCACGCUGCCGCCCACGCCCACCACCCGCUCGUCCACACACCGCCGCACUCCCUCCAGCGGGUCUGGGGCGAGCGUGGGAUCUCCGUCCAUGUCUGCGUCCAUGUCUGCCUCGUGGGCGCCUGGUCUGGUGCGGGAGGACAGCAGGACGCACACCCGCUGCUCCCUCGAGGACCUGCGGCACAGCGAACUCAAGAAGCAGCAGGCGGUAGAGGAGCGUGUGAAGGAGCAGGAAGUGGCAUCGGCAGAGCGGGCGCGGCUGGAGGAGAUUCUGACGCUGUGUGCAGAGUAUGAGCGACAACAGCAACAGCAACAGCAGCAACAGGGAACGGCACAGGGCACGUCCCCCCGCGCGCCGCAGAUUAUGCCUCACCAUCACUCCCCGCACUACACCCUCACCCAGAACAGAAUCAAAACAAACGGCUCGCUACCUCGAGACAAGCGCCUGCCCUCCUCACCACCCCCAACUGGCCUGCCCACCACGCCCACCUCCUCGCCCACACCCACCCCACCCGCUGCCUCGCUCUCUGGUUCCAGCCUCAAGACGCCCACCACUAACUCAGAGGAUGAGCUGAGUGCCAUCUUCAGCUUUGACCACAGUGAUGUGAUCAGCCCAGGCCACCGCACCACAUCCCUUACCAGAAGUGGGACUUUACCAAGCUACCAUCCCUUCCCUAAUCCUGCACCGCUACAAGUUCCUUCUCAUUCUCCAAGUCCUAGCAGUCCAAAGAGUCCUUAUGAGAAUGUCAGUCCUUCGUACCUCACCUAUCCCAUGCCUCAGAGUCCCCGCACUCGCAUCAAGACCAUCGUGGGCAAGGAGAGGGCAGACAGGAGGGACAACUGUGAGAUCAUAGAAAACAGAAUGGCCAUAUCAGAGUUCCAAGGAGGAGCAAGUGAAUGUAAGAAAAUCAGGAGUCCCAGAACCACAAAGGAGAGUGCAAGAAACAAGGAGAACCGUAGUCCAUUCAUGCGAUCUGACCCUCUGAGUUCUCCAGAAGCCUUGUCACCGCCACCAAGGCCCCCGAGGUCCCCUAGAAUAGAAAGGUCUGUACUUGGUGACUCUCCUACCCUUAACAAAAUGAACAACAACACCAGCAGUUUAUCAAGGGACUCUGAUGCUGCUGGUAUUCAUAUGUCAAGCUCCAUGUGUAGUGAAAUUUUGGCAAGAACUGAGGAAAGAGUGCAUAGUUAUGAAAACAGCAGCUGUCAUGUCAUGGUGCAGAGUAGGCUAGGCUGUUCAAAAGACACUGUUGAUCACUCCAGAGAUCCUCAUGUGCCCACUAGUCCCAGAGAUAAGUCAGAAACAAGUACAUCUGGAUAUGAUGCUACAGAAGAUGAGGAAAGAGGAUGCAAUAAGGUCUUAGAAGAGCACAUUAUCAAAAAUAUUCAAGACACAUUUAAUAUUGAUGAUGUGCCUGGGGAGAUAGAGCGUCUGAGGGGCAUCAAGAAUGAGACACUUCAGUCUGUCACUGAUCUCAAACGAAGCGUCACUGAGCUAGAAAAUACAGAGGAUGAGGCUCUCAGAGAGCUUGAGGUGGAGAGAGCAUUACUGGAGGGAGAGCUGGCUCCUCAGAGAGAGAAAGCCACUAUGGAAGAGGAACGUUUGGCUGCCCUGUUGCAGAAAAGCCAGGAGCUGGAGGAACGCUGCAAUCAGGAACGACACCAUCAUCAGGAGGCCAUUGAGGCCUGUCGCUCACGAUUGGAGGAAGCUGAGAGAGACCUAGACCAGUUGGAGAGCAAGAGUGAAAAUUUUACUGGCACAACAGAUGAGGAGACUGAGAUGUUGGAGACUUUAAAGGCUCAGCAUGAAGCAGUGGAAGCAGAACGCAAGUUUUUCUUUUUCUAUAUUCGGUGGAAGAAGGCGAAGAAAGUGUUUGAGGACACAGAGUUUCACCAGAUGGAGGCUGAGGCUCACCGAGAGGCAGAGAGAGAGGAGCUCAACAAGGAGAUUGCAGAAGUGAGAGAAAAGUUAACCAGUCGACAUGAAAGGAUUGCAGAGUUAGAGAAACAAAUGUCAGAGAUGACCCACACUGUGAGGCAAGAAACCGAGAUUCUAGAAAAAGAACGUCAAGAUCUUCUAUCAAAAAUAGCAAAGGAGCGAGGGCAGCUGACAGCAGCUGAGCGCCGACUGGGUGAACUCAUCCGCUUGGGGGUCGUGCCUUCUAACGGCCAGAGUUCCCCCACUUGCUCAUCAGACACGGAGGAGAGUGGUGGAGCUGAGCUGGUGGAGCGGCUCUCCCGCCUGCAUCUCUUAGACCGUUCUCAGGAAGACCUUGACAGAAUACAUCAGGUCACCUCAUCCACUCCUCUUGGCUGUCCUGAUGGUUCCCUCGGCCGUAAGACCUCGGCAACACUCAUGGAGAUUGAACGUAACCGACAGUUGCUCCUGGCAAAGCAAGGAACCUUAGUCAUUGAGAAUGAAAGACGUCGGGUGGAAGAGCUGAAACGACGUGUAGCAGAUGAGGUGAAAGCCCAGUGGGAGGAAAGGAAGGCCAAGGAACAGAGGGAUGUGAACUGUGCUUCCUUGAAUAGUGUUGGCUCAGAGGACUCUUCCCUCACUUCCUCUGAUCUCCACACUGAAAGUAUGUGCAGUGAUGACCUCCUGGAGAAGCGGAGCAGCGGAGAGAGUGUGACCCGCGAUCUUCCUCAGGUCAAGAUGAGACAGCGGGAGAGUGGCGAGGUGGCGAGUGGUGGGGAGGACGGGCGGCCCCUGAGCGAUGCCUCUUCGUGCUGUGACCCAACGGAGGCAACUGUCAAGUACCGCGAGAGGACCAGGACUCAGCAACGACCUUUAACAAGAUACCUGCCAGUGCGUAGUGAGCAGCACUUUGACCUCAAGCAACACAUUGAGAGUGCUGGCCACCAGAUUGAGCUCUGCCCAUUCAUCAUUGUCACAGCCACGGCCUGCCGUGGCUAUCUCCACAAACUGGGUUCUAAGUUCCGAACGUGGCAGAAGAGAUGGUUUGUGUUUGAUCGAUCAAAGCGAGCACUUAUGUAUUACAGUGACAAAAAUGAAACCAAACCAAGAGGAGGCGUUUACUUUCAGGCUAUUGAGGAAGUCUAUGUUGAUCACCUCCAUUCAGUAAAGUCUCCAAACCCAAAACUGACCUUCUGUGUGAAGACUUACGAGCGGACGUUCCACUUGAUGGCUCCGUCACCAGAAGCAAUGCGUAUCUGGAUAGACAUCAUCUUCACUGGAGCAGAGGGCUACCAAGAGUUCCAGGGAGGCACCUGAAACAUGUGAAGGGACUUAAUUAGCAGUAUGUACCUGCUUUUUUUUUUAUUUUUGAGCAGCCAAGCUGUUUGGAUACAUGUCAUCCAGCUGCUAACAGGCCUGCUUAUUUUGCCUGCAUUGAUAUGAAGGAUAAAAAGUUAUCCAUCACCUACAGUCAAAUUUGGCUGUUUUGAGUGAGAAUAUGGUUUUAUCAAUUAUCUUUGUCACAAAUCUUAUGCUGCAGUUACAACAUAAAGAUUCUAAAUGAUGAGGAUUUAUUUUUAUUACUUAUAAAACUAUAAUCACUGGCUUCAUGUACUGACUCCUACAUGAAAGAAAGGUCAGUAAAGAGUAAAAGAUGUAUCUUAUACACUGCAUAGAUACAUUUACUUUUUGUGUGCACACAUUGUGCAAAUUUUAUUACAAAAUAUUAUUCUUGGCACUAUUGCUACAGAUUUUAUUAUUUUGAUAUUUAUCUUCACUUCUAAAUUUCCCAAUUGCAAACUCAGAGACAAAGUAAGUUUGUCUGAGAUGCAAAGAGGAAAUACAUUUUAUGGAGAUUCUUCAAAGAAACCAAUAAAACAUUAUUGAAGCAUCAGAGUUGACUACUAAAAAUAUUUUCCCAUGAGUAAAGAUUUUCGAAGGGCAAGAAACCUUGUUACUUAUACAGAGAAUCAUAACAUGUGGGUCCAAUGCUUCUCUUGCAUUUCAGGAGAAUAUAAGAAAUAUUCUAGGUACACUUUCACCUCCCGUGUAACACUAUAUUUUUUAUGCUUACAUUUUUCUUGGAACAUUGAUUACAGGUAAAAUGGAUUGCAGUUUUGGUCUAUAAUGACUAUCUUUAGUAAAACAACAUAUACAAAAAUUGUAUAGGCUUUUGUAGGAAGGAAGCUUCAAGAACACAGCCCAAUGACCAUGUUUUUAUAUGAUUGUGAUUUUAUCCAGUCUAUUUAUAUUGAAAAUUUUGUUUGGUUUUCAGUGUUGUGACUGUCUGGUGCUACAGUCUUUUGUAGUAAUAAGUAAUUUUUGAUAUGUAGUCAUGGACAGGAUGCACUGGAAAAAAAAGGCAUACUGAUUCCCCAGGUUGUAGUUCACAUACAUGUACAUUAUAUAUUUGGAUGCUCAAUAAA